UCGGGGACUAGCUCAAUCAGGGCUAGCGUCCGAGCGUCACUAACAGGCCGUGUCAAACAGGGCAGAACAGGGCAACAGGUUCGAUGGAACCUUUCGUUUCAAACGGCAGAAUUCUUUCCAACAUUUGAACUUUCCAAUUGCAACAACCAUACAUGCAUUAAUUCCCAUCAAAACACCGUCGAUCUUGGAAUUGGGUGGCUAGGGCACUUUCUGAGCAUGUCCGAUGAUUAUGGCGUCGUCAAAGACACCUCCUUGCCCCUUAGCCAAAUCCGGGAUCGAACCAAUACUUCAAUCAUCUCUUCCGUGCUAGACAUCCGGAAGAAACAGGCCGUCACCAGGGACAAUUGGCUCAGGUCACUCGAGUGUCUUUACUUGGCAGAGGACAACGACGAGCCAUGCGGGAAGCGGAGACGCGUCGCUGAUGGUAGUAUCACCACCGGUGCCUCAGAGCUGCUAAGGAGGCGGCAUCUUAAUCCCGUCACGGGCGACGAGAGGGAAAGGUACUAUAUCGCCGUCUCGUACACCUGGGACGCCUCGAAGGAAGAGGAAGAAUCUGGAGAGGCCACCCAUGGAAAGUACCUCAUCGAACAGCCUAGGGCCGGCGAGCCUGCGCUGCCCAGUGAGGUGAGGGACGGAGUAUGGAGUCGAGUGCUCAACUACGCCGAUCAUGUGGGCUGCGAAAAUAUCUGGAUCGACCGCGAAUGCAUUGAUCAGCAAGAUGAAGUAGCACAGGAGGAAGCAAUCCAAAGCAUGCACCUAGUGUACAGCCUCAGCAAAUACCCAAUUGCUCUCCUUACAUGCACAAUCAAGACCGUGGAAGAACUCGAUCUCCUUGCGAAUUUAAUAGAUGGCGUGGUGGACUCUGAAGACGAAGAGGCUGUGCUAACUCUUCUACACAAAAUAACAUCCAAUUACUGGUGGACAAGAGCCUGGACAUUUCAGGAAGACUACAGAGCUUCUGUCCGUAUGAAGCUUCUUAUCCCACAUCAUCCUGAUUUGGAAAGGCGUAAGCGGGAUGCGAUAGAUGAGCGUGAGCGACCUCUUCUAGGUGAAGUCGAAGGCGAGAUCGUUAUACGAUCCUCGGACUUCAGGAUGCGGGCUACGGAGUUCUGCCUUGCGUAUCGGAAGAGGUCAAAAGAUAAAGAUAUUUGUGACAGAAUACUCAGGACGGCUCCAAAAUACAACGUUCUGCUCGAAGAAGGGUCCCCGCCUCACGGCUUUGGGCUUAUAUCGCGUUCUAUGUCCCCAACAAUUCUCUCGGAUGUGGUCUCGCGCGACAUUGGAAAAGAAUCGGAUCGUCUUGCCAUUAUGGCUAAUUGUUGUGGGUAUAAUACUCGGCUCGACACGAAUUCUCUCAACAGCGACAGAAGCAGCUUGAGUUUGACAAUCCUUGCCCUGUAUCUUUUGAACGGCGAGAUAAUAGAAAACGAUCCAGAAAAGCCCGGCCAAGGAACGCUUGACGACAACGUCCACAAAUACUUAUCCAAACAAUCGCUCAGUAGCUUUAGGCCUCCAGUUGACGAGGCUCUCACUUUCAUUAAGGGCUGUCGUUUUAUAAACCCCGUGUUGACUCUAGAAGGGACAAGAACGGUUGGUUAUCUCUGGAAAUUGGGCAAGGUAAUACGCUGCAAGCCCAUGAAGCUGAACAGAUUCGGCAGACGAUCGUCGCCAAUCAUGGACUUUGCGACUGAUCUUCAGUAUAGAAAGUAUGGUAAAUCAUAUGCGGAUAUGGCCCUGCGUCUCACCUCUUGGGCCAAUGACCCUUCUUCUCCAUACUGCAAACGUCCCUGCUCUCCUCUUUGGAGAUGGCACGUGCGGAUGACCGACACAAUCGAAGAAGCUCUCUUAGAGGGGAAGACUCUUCGAUUAGGAUGUCUUGUAGAUCCUAUUUACGGAACGAAAAACGAACCUUACACUGCAAUCUUUGUGGGUGAUGGCAAGGAUGAUUGGGAAGACGAGACUGUCGAAAGGUACGCUUUCACUGCCUCGCGGCCUGCCAAGUACAACUCGUCGGUGGACGUCGACAAACACGUGUCGCUGGAAGUCGCCGUCGAGUGGCCGAAACAGGGCGUACCCGAGAACAGUUCCUCCCCGCUCCCGAAACUCUACAUCAAACGCUGGCUCAACGGGCUUUGCCUCGACGGGCUCAGUCUCUUCGACGAAUCUCCUCCCCAACCCGUCUUGUUUCCCUGGCCCCGUGCUCUCCUUGAGAACACACCCAAACCUAUAAUAGUUGAUUAAAGCGUAUACGAGAGAUGAAUGUGGGACGAGAGAAACGUCUAGUGGUAAUCUGGGGGUAUUGGAACAUGAAGAAACGCGAAUGAGUCAUCAGAAUCGGUGUUCUUGGCGAGCUUAAGGUUGCAAUUUAUUAUGUGUACAUAAGUCGUACGGGGAAACUUUUACAGAACAUACCAGACAACGUUACGAAAUGAAGAUAUACAAACUAGAAAGGUCAUUCUCUCAAGAUGCUAACCUGGGUAACUCUGUGGACCAUAUCCUAACCAAUGUAUCUCCUUACUAUGAUAAAUCAUAAAAUAUGUGAAUUUCAGAAACUACAUCAUCGGAAAUAUACAGCUGGGUAGGUACCAGCCUAGCCCUGAAGGACACGUCGGCUUCAUGGUCGACUCAUGUUUCGUUUUCAUUUUCUCUUACCGUUUUCGUCCAUACAACACACGCAAAAACUAAUCACAGACACACAAACACGCCUUUUUUUCAGUCAUAAAAUCCAAUCUACGAAUGUUUUUUAUAUUCG